AUGAAACUCUCUAACACCCUCGCUUUCGGAGCUCUCCUCCUCGGAGAUGUAUCUGUUGCUCAACAAUUCCAAUUUCGGCCCGAGGUUCUCGAAAAUAAUACAACCUGGCCCUUGAGGGGUGCCACACUCAAGGUACCUGAUGGACCCAACGACCUACCUGAUAAAUGCCCAAUGCACAGGACCUCUUCUGUUGGCAAGUUCUUCGAAGGCCUUAUCGGCGCAAAGAAGCCCAAGUGCAAGCAGUUCGAUAUAGCUGCUGGAGAAACGCUCAGUGGAUUCCCCCGUUUCCCGACCCGCCAGGUCCAUGCAUUCACCUUCCCCAAUCAAACUUAUAUCCUCCAACAGGAUACGCCAUCAGUCCGUGGCGAGAGGGAAGAAUUAAAGAAAGGCAUUUGGACUGAAAUUCCAGGAGGUACUACUAUUACUUGCUAUGAGGCUAAUGAUGGUGUACCGAACUGCGUGCUCAGGACUUGA